UUGUCCAUCAUGCCCUCCUAACUUCUCAUUCUUUAUCAACCCUCUCUCCCCUUUCUGUCGUCGUUACUACCAAGACUAGCAACGCUCAGUAGGAGAGACCAAGAGCCUAACCAACUGACCUCUCUACCCAUUUCUUGGUUGAGUUGGGUUUUGGUUAAAAAAGAAGAAUAAGAAGAGGAAUAUUUCUCAUAAAUCUGCUCUCUACAACCGGAAGGUUCAUGGAAUUCCUGCAGACACUAGAUACCCAGAUCAUUGUGGGUGUGGCAGUGGCUCUUGUAGCCAUUGGGGCUGGUGCAUUCUAUUUCUAUUCCUCCAAAAAAUCCAAAGGAUGCUUAGAUCCUGAAAACUUCAAGAAGUUUAAACUCGUAAAGCGCAAACAAUUGAGCCACAAUGUGGCAAAGUUCACAUUUGAACUUCCUACACCAACUUCAGUUCUUGGUCUUCCAAUCGGACAACAUAUAAGCUGCAGUGGCAAAGAUGGCCAAGGAGAGGAUGUCAUAAAGCCAUAUACGCCAACUACUUUGGAUUCUGAUGUUGGAUACUUUGAACUAGUUAUAAAGAUGUAUCCACAAGGAAGGAUGUCACACCAUUUUCGUGAGAUGCGGGUGGGAGAUUAUCUUGCUGUGAAGGGUCCCAAGGGCCGUUUCAAGUAUCAACCUGGUCAAGUUAGAGCAUUUGGCAUGCUUGCUGGAGGCUCUGGAAUUACUCCAAUGUUCCAAGUUGCUAGAGCCAUAUUGGAAGACCCCAAAGACAGGACAAAGGUGCACCUUAUUUAUGCGAAUGUUACAGAAGAGGAUAUUCUUUUAAAGGAAGAAUUGGAUGGUCUUGCUACUAACUACCCUGAUCGCUUUAAAGUCUACUAUGUCUUGAAUCAGCCUCCUGAAGUAUGGCAUGGUGGUGUUGGCUUUAUAUCAAAGGAGAUGAUUCAAAACCAUUGCCCUGCACCAGCGCUUGAUAUUAAGAUGCUUAGGUGUGGACCACCACCCAUGAACAAGGCCAUGGCUGCACACCUCGACGACCUUGGAUAUACCUCUGAGAUGCAGUUCCAAUUCUGAUCCUCGUUUGCAAGGUCUCUGACCGGUUCCAAUUCUGAUCAAUGGUUUAGAUAUUGUCAUGACGCUUUACAUGUGUUGCACUGCUAAUAAUUUUAGUAUGCAGAAACUAAAGCAACGAAAUAUUCCCAAAAGGCAAUGUGCGAAAAGAAAAAGCGGAUUUUUGGUGUUGAUUUUCUAUGCAAACAUAAGCAAAGACAAUCCAAUUCUGAAGUAGAUAAUCAUCCUCAUGAUUAAGCACUAGUCCGUCAACAUUUUCAUCAAAUGAUUUGUAAUUCUCAUCA